GACAAAUAUUAUUAUUUUUCAGGAAUGAUGACGUAUGACGGCUUACAAGCUUGCAUCAUCAUCAACAAUCAGUCUUUAGAAGAAGAAAGUGGAACAAGCCGAGGAGACGAAUGCCUCACUGAGUCAUUAGAUGAUGAAGCAUUUUCAAGCUGUUCAUCAAGCAAAGAUGAGUCUGAGUCGUUUUCUUCCAAAUGGUUACAGAUGAAACACACCUCUGAUGAUUGGGAUCACUUGGAGAUAAGAAGUUCCAAACAUUUCUAUAGAGAGGAUCAGAAACCUGGUUAUGCACUCUGCUACUCUGAUGUUGAAGACAUGAAGGAGAAGUUUUCGAAGCUGUUGCUCGGUGAAGAUGUCACGGGAGGUUCCAAGGGUGUGCAAACCGCUUUGGCUUUAUCAAACGCUAUAACAAGACUUGCCACGUCAAUAUUCGGCGAGCUCUGGAAGUUGGAACCUUUGUGUGAUGAAAAAAAGCAGAGAUGGAGAAGAGAGAUGGAUUGGUUACUAUCUCCAACUAACCACAUGAUUGAGCUAGUCCCAUCUAAGCAAGAAGGCGCCAAUGGAAGAUCACUUGAGGUUAUGACUCCGAAAGCCCGUGCAGACAUUCAUAUGAAUCUCCCAGCUCUCCGGAAACUGGACUCCAUGCUUAUUGAGACACUGGACUCUAUGGUGAACACAGAGUUUUGGUAUUCAGAAGUGGUUCGUAGGGCAGAAGGUAAAAGCAAAAUCACAAGAGAGAGCAGAAAAUGGUGGCUUCCAUCGCCUAAGGUUCCAAAACCGGGUCUGUCUAGCUCAGGAAGAAAGAGGUUGCUAGAGAAAGGCAAUGUUGUUUACCAAAUCUUCAAAGCUGCGAAAUCAAUAAACGAGAACGUGCUUCUUGAAAUGCCUGUACCAUCCUUUAUCAAGGAUGCAUUACCUAAGUCUGGAAAGACAAGUCUUGGGGAUGAACUGUUCAAGAUGUUGGCUUCAGAGUCUGCUUCGGUAGAUGAAAUCUUCAUGUCUCUAAGGCUUGCAACCGAAAAUGCUGCACUCGAGACAGUUAAUAGGUUAGAAGCAGCUGUCUAUGCAUGGAAACAGAGGAUUACAGAAGAAGCAAACAGUGGUAAAUCCCCUGUGCGAGCGCCUUGGUCAUUAGUUAGAGAUUCAUCUUCUGAGAUUAGCCGCGUUGAGUCUCUCAUGAACCGGGCAGAGAGGCUUAGUUAUCAGAUUAAAUCCAAAUACUCUAAUCUCCCUCAGUCAUUUCUUGAUGCCACAAAGAUCCAAUAUGGCAAGGAUAUUGGCCAUGCAAUUCUUGAGGCAUAUUCUCGGAUCCUUGCGAAUCUGGCGUUUCGAAUUCUGUCCAGGAUUCGAGAAAUCUUGCAAGAAGAUGCUCUGAGUAACCCUAAUUCUCCUGCAACGCCAAGCUGCUUCUCUGGCUCCAACGACCUCUUCAGGACCCCGGAGAGGCUCUUGGUCUCGUCCCGCUUAAGGUAUUCCGUCAUUCACGACAUGGACAGAGAUGAUGAUGAGACAAGCAAAUGGUAG